ACUUGCAGAGCCAGUUGGGGCCUAGGCGCAGACGCACUGAGCCUAAGCAGCCAGUGAUGGCGGCAGUGGUGGUGGUGGCUGCAGCGGGGCCGGGCCCAUGAGGCGACGACGGAGGCGGGACGGCUUUUACACAGCGCCUGACUUCCGAGACAGGGAAGCUGAAGACAUGGCUGGAGUGUUUGACAUAGACCUGGACCAGCCAGAGGACGCAGGCUCUGAGGAUGAGCUGGAGGAGGGGGGUCAGUUAAAUGAAAGCAUGGACCAUGGGGGAGUUGGACCAUAUGAACUUGGUAUGGAACAUUGUGAGAAAUUUGAAAUCUCAGAAACUAGCGUGAACAGAGGGCCGGAAAAGAUCAGACCAGAAUGUUUUGAGCUACUUCGGGUACUUGGUAAAGGGGGCUAUGGAAAGGUUUUUCAAGUAAGAAAAGUAACAGGAGCAAAUACUGGAAAAAUAUUUGCCAUGAAGGUGCUUAAAAAGGCAAUGAUAGUAAGAAAUGCUAAAGAUACAGCUCAUACAAAAGCAGAACGGAAUAUUCUGGAGGAAGUAAAGCAUCCCUUCAUUGUGGAUUUAAUUUAUGCCUUUCAGACCGGUGGAAAACUCUACCUCAUCCUUGAGUAUCUCAGUGGAGGAGAACUAUUUAUGCAGUUAGAAAGAGAGGGAAUAUUUAUGGAAGACACAGCCUGCUUUUACUUGGCAGAAAUCUCCAUGGCUUUGGGGCAUUUACAUCAAAAGGGGAUCAUCUACAGAGACCUGAAGCCGGAGAACAUCAUGCUUAAUCACCAAGGUCAUGUGAAACUAACAGACUUUGGACUAUGCAAAGAAUCUAUUCAUGAUGGAACAGUCACACACACAUUUUGUGGAACAAUAGAAUACAUGGCCCCAGAAAUCUUGAUGAGAAGUGGCCACAAUCGUGCUGUGGAUUGGUGGAGCUUGGGAGCAUUAAUGUAUGACAUGCUGACUGGAGCACCUCCUUUCACGGGGGAGAAUAGAAAGAAAACAAUUGACAAAAUCCUCAAAUGUAAACUUAAUUUGCCUCCCUACCUCACUCAAGAAGCUAGAGAUCUCCUCAAAAAGCUGCUGAAAAGGAAUGCUGCUUCUCGUCUUGGAGCUGGUCCUGGGGAUGCUGGAGAAGUUCAAGCUCACCCAUUUUUCAGACACAUUAACUGGGAAGAACUUCUAGCUCGGAAGGUGGAGCCCCCUUUUAAGCCUCUGUUGCAAUCUGAAGAGGAUGUGAGUCAAUUUGAUUCAAAGUUUACACGUCAGACACCUGUUGACAGCCCAGAUGACUCAACUCUUAGUGAAAGUGCCAACCAGGUCUUUCUGGGUUUUACAUAUGUGGCUCCAUCUGUACUUGAAAGUGUGAAAGAAAAGUUUUCCUUUGAACCAAAAAUUCGAUCCCCUCGAAGAUUUAUUGGUAGUCCACGAACACCUGUCAGCCCAGUCAAAUUUUCUCCUGGGGAUUUUUGGGGAAGAGGUGCUUCAGCCAGCACGGCAACUCCUCAGACACCUGCGGAAUACCCAAUGGAAACAAGCGGAAUAGAGCAGAUGGAUGUGACAAUGAGUGGGGAAGCAUCAGCUCCUCUGCCAAUACGACAGCCCAACUCCGGACCAUACAAAAAGCAAGCUUUCCCCAUGAUCUCCAAACGGCCAGAGCACCUGCGAAUGAAUCUAUGACAAAGUAAUGCUUUUAAUGAACUUGAAGCAAAAAAAAAAAAAAAAGAAAGAAAAAGGAAGAAAGAGCAAAAGUAGAGGAAGUGAUGAUAUCUGGCAAGAUAAAACCAGAAGAAACAAAAUAAUAAGUCUCAGAGUCAGUGUCUUUACCUAGAACACUUUGGAUGGAGUAAAAAUAAACAUGGAUUAAAAAAAUCAAUCAAUGGUGCAAAAAUCAAAAAAACAAAAAACAGGCAAGCAAAAUAGUAUUGUGGAACUCUUAGGCACAUCAGUUAACUGAUUCCUAGUGACAUCUUUCAACCUUAUCAAGAAUUUUCAUGUUGAUGGCUCCAAACUGACAGUAUUAAGGAUAACAUGUUGCUUCUGAAUCAUUGAGAGUUCUGAUUGUAUUGAAGAAGAGUUAUCCUCUCAUUAGGCAAAGUAUGAAAUUGCCUAUAAUACUUGCAACUAAAGACAAAUUAGCAUGCAAGCUUGGUCAAACUUUUUCCAGAAACAUGGAAUCAAAGACAAAAGAAACUUACCAAUUGAUGUUUUAUGUGCAAACAACCUGAAUCUUUUUUUUAUAUAAAUAUAUAUUUUUCAAAUAGAUUUUUGAUUCAGCUCAUUAUGGAAAACAUCCCAAAACUUUAAAAUGAGAAAUUGGUUGGUGUUAAGAAGAUCAGACAGCUUCUGUUUCUUCUCUCUUGAUGAAAUAAAAUGCAAAUUAAUCAUUGUUAA